AUGUCGUUCGGCUUCAGUCCCUCUGAUGUCGUCAAGCUCGUCCAGGUUUCCACCCGUGUCUAUCUCGCGUUCAAAGAUGCGAACGACAACUCGGAGACCCAAGUCUCGGGGCUCGUCCGCGAGUUCACGUCCUUCCAUCAGUGUCUGCUGGAUCUCAGUGAGCUGAUGAAAGAGUAUGGCAAGCCGCUGCCGUUUCCCUACCUGGACUUCCAGGAAACCCUCAAGCGAUGCGAGGAAACGAUAGAGCCUUACGCCAACCAUCUCGUCGACAGAAAGAUGAGCAUGAAGAAGUUCGUAUAUACCAUCCGGUAUAUUGGCAAAGAGAAGGAAAUUUCGAACCUGAAAACUGUCAUCAUGGGUCAUUACCAGGCGCUACAGAUGUGCACUUCGUUCCUACAACUGCGUUUGCACUUGGAAGCGACCAAACAGACCCAACGACUGUUGGAUCUCGCCCCGUUUCGCAGCGUCAGUUUUGGCGGCCACGCUUAUACCACAAAUGCCAUCGGUAGCUCAUCACGCACUGCGCCCAACGCGUUACCUGCGCCGUCAGAAGCAGACCAGCUGUACAAAGACUGGCUUAUCUUCAGUCGGUGGUUGAAGGGCGAGGACGAGCGUCUCGCGAUCGAAAACGGAAAUUCGGCGCGGCCUUCGUCUUGGGGCGAAACACCCACAGCAGCUCAGAAAGGUGAUGAGCAAACAGCAGCAGUGCUGUACCACCUUCGACGAGAGCUAGAGGAUGCGAUCAUGAUCGAAGAAAACCGCGCAAAGAGGAUGGCCGUCGAGAGAAGGACCAAUCUUGCGCCUAGCGACGCUAUCCGCGAGGAAAUGAGAAACCUGCCGCACGUUCCCCAAAGGACCGGUACUAUACAGACACUCAACUCUGAUUUCUCCGGAAGCUUCGCAGGCUUCGGAGGUCGCACUUCGAUGACUGACUCUACGCAGACCCUGCGGCAAGGUCUUACCACACCGUCCCCAUGUACGUCUCCAACAGGCAGCCCCCACAUUCCACACUCAUACUUCGAUGCCGUCGACUGGGGUUCGGUUUCUGAGGCUCCAUCGUCCCCAUUAGCACGUACUUCAUCCAUGUCAACGACUCGUUCUAGCUUCAGCCAGUCGCCAGAUUCUCGCCUGUCAGUGCCCGGCCUAGGUAUCAGUACGGCGGGAACCACACCCGAGGACGCAGCGCAACCUUUACGACGAAAGCUCUCGGCUGCGUCACUGUUGAGUAUUGCAUUGGGUCCCGGAGCUCUGCAAUGGAACAAGCUUUGUCGCAAGGCGGUAGUGGAGCGAAUGACACCGCAAGGCUCCGAGAGCAGAGAGUGUGACCUGCACUGGCGGUAUCGUGAGGAUGCUGGGAUCUCGAUCCGCUCCGUCUAUCGUUCCGGCAGCAGCAAGGAGGUGAAAGUCUGGAUCACGCAGCAUUUUCCGGCCACAGGUCCUAGCAUUCCCUUGACAACAUCAUUCCCCGACGGCGACGUGGCCAUCGACUUUCCCAGGGGCUCGUUUGGGCGACUUGACAAAAGAUGCACAGACAUCAAGUACCUAAUGUCCGAUGCAAUAUCAAGUGAGAAGUUGCAGACGUUGCUGUAUACAAACAACGGCAAGGACGGGGCGCAGCUGUUGUACGACCGCCCCAUAUUGAGCAUAUCAUCGAAUCUCAACAAGCCAGAAUGUCGAGGCAAGAACUUGAGGUUAUGGAGGAAAACCGAAAUGCGCAUAGGAUUGAACGGCCUGGAAUCUGCAGAUGUCCUGGUCCUGCUCUUCUACACUAGCGCGUUGCCGGAAGAGAAGGCGCAUUGGGUGGAAGAGCCGCAUUAUGUCUUUCAAUGGUUGGACGACUCGGCGUACAACAAGAACUCAGAUAAGCUGCAGCUCGUCUUCUCCAAAGAGCCAGGCAAGUGGACUCGCGACAAAGUGUUUCAGCGGCGGAAGUCGUCUACGUCGUCUGGGGCUGGUGAGGGCGAGAUCCAGAGGCUGGGGCUGAGCCGCGCAGGCACAAGAAGCUCCAUCGUGUCUACUUCAGCGGUCAGCGUGACAUCGGCGAGAUCGUCCAUCUUCAGUAGUGGGCAGAAAAAGGGAGCGCCGGCCAGUUUGAACCGCUUCGGCUACUCUGAGCUCGAGAUCAAGUUCCAGAGUAAGAGUGAUCGCGGCGCAUUUCUGGAAAUCUGGAAAAAGUACGUUAGGGGACUUGUGUAG